UUUGCCACCAUGCCACUCUCUAAAACUGUUGCUAGACAGAAAAAUUAUAGAGAAAGACUUAAAAGUAAUCCAGAGAAGUACAAGGAAGUGAAAAAGAAAGACAAUGAAAGGCAUUUGAUUAGAAAUAUGAUGGAGGCUGUUUUGGAGGAGAAACGCAGAAGAGACAGAGAAAGGAAAAGAGAGGCAAGAAAAAGAAAAAGAGAAAUGGAGAAUCUCCCCCCUGAGUGCUCUUCCUAUCAAGACACUUGGUCUCUUGAGGAAGCCACUAAAAGAGUUCAGAAGUGUCUGCCAAAAUCUCCUACAAAGCAAGCUGCAGUCUUAGCACAGAUCUACAAUGAAAUGUCCCCAAGGAGGAAGAAGAUGUUUCACGAGCAAAUUGAGCUUAUUGAUGAAACAGAAGACUGUGGACAGAACCGUUAAGGAGAUGGCCCAGGAAAUGUCUUGUAAAUCAAGAUAAUCAAGUCAAACUAUAGGUUGAGAUGAUAAUGAUAUUGAAGUCACAUUUUACCGAGCACAAGAUUCUUUCAAGAUGCUGUUAAUUUUAACACUCAAAAAGACAGGACCAGGGUGUCAAUAAAAAUAAUCAGGACUUGCCUUAACAGUAAAUGAGUACAGUUCUACACAGUUAUAUAAAAAGAGUUGGAAUAAUCUGAUUAAUGCAUGGUUUCUACUUGGCUUAUACAACAGACCUUCACAAAGCUAAGUAUACAUUGUCUAUGCAUAAAUUUUGACACUUAACAAACCUGAUAUUAUACUCUAGUAUUAAAUAAUUAUGUUAUAUUUUUAAAGCUGAUCCUUGAUUAAUAAAUGUAUUUUGCUAU